AUGCGUCUCAACGCCCAGCUCGCGUCCUUGCUGCUCUCGUCAAUAGUGCUUGUGGGCUCUGCCCACGGCGCUGACGAGGAGCCAGUGGCAGAAAAGAAGGAGACUUCUUCCAUUGAGAGGCCUACCUUUGUUCCUACCACUAUCAAAGCCCCCUUCCUUGAACAAUUCACCGACAAAUGGGAUUCCCGAUGGUCAGUCUCCCAUGCCAAGAAGGAGGAUGCGAAAUCCGAUGAAGAAUGGGCCUAUGUUGGUGAAUGGUCGGUGGAGGAGCCAACCGUCUUCAAGGGUAUCGAAGGCGAUAAGGGCCUUGUUGUCAAGAACCCAGCUGCCCACCAUGCUAUUUCCGCCAAGUUCCCUAAGAAGAUUGACAACAAGGGCAAGACCCUUGUUGUCCAGUACGAGGUUAAGCUACAGAACUCAUUGAGCUGUGGAGGUGCAUACAUGAAGCUCCUACAAGAGAACAAAAAGCUUCAUUCCGAGGAAUUCUCCAAUGCCUCCCCGUACGUCAUUAUGUUUGGUCCCGAUCGAUGUGGAGCUACCAACAAGGUUCACUUCAUCUUCAAGCACAAGAACCCCAAGACCGGCGAAUAUGAAGAGAAGCACCUCAAAGCCCCUCCAGCGGUUAAGGUUACCAAGCUCUCGACCUUGUAUACUCUCAUCGUCAACCCAGACCAGACUUUCCAGAUCCGCAUUGACGGAGAACCCCUCAAGAACGGCACCCUCCUCGAGGAUUUUGCUCCUCCAGUUAACCCUCCAAAGGAAAUUGAUGACGAGAAGGAUACCAAGCCUGCCGACUGGGUUGACGAAGAGAAGAUCCCUGACCCAGAGGCUAAGAAGCCUGAGGAUUGGGAUGAGGACGCUCCCUUCGAGAUUGUAGACACCGAGGCCACCAAGCCAGCUGACUGGCUGGAUGACGAGCCAACCACCAUUCCCGACCCUGAGGCCGUCAAGCCAGAGGACUGGGACGAUGAAGAAGACGGUGACUGGGUCGCCCCAACCGUCCCCAACCCCAAGUGCGAGGAGGGCUCUGGAUGCGGCAAGUGGGAGCCCCCAAUGAUCCGAAACCCAGCUUACAAGGGCAAGUGGUCUGCUCCUCUGAUCGAUAACCCUGCCUACAAGGGAGUUUGGGCUCCAAGAAAGAUCCCCAACCCCAACUACUUCGAGGACAAGACCCCUUCCAACUUCGAACCCAUGGGCGCUAUCGGCUUUGAAAUCUGGACCAUGCAAAAUGACAUCCUCUUCGACAACAUCUACAUUGGUCACUCUAUCGAAGAUGCGGAAAAAUUCAAGGCCGAAACCUACGACAUUAAGCGCCCCAUCGAGGAGGCUGAGGAAGAAGCCAGCAAGCCCAAGCUUAGCCCUCAAAUCGACGAUGAGACCGACAUCUCAUUCACCCAAGACCCGAUUGGCUACGUCCGCGCUAAGAUUGACCGCUUCAUCUCUCUCGCUCAGGAUGACCCCAUCGCCGCCCUCCAGGCUGUUCCUGAGGUCGGCGGUGCCAUUGGUGCCAUUCUCGCUUCCCUUCUUAUAAUCAUCGGCAUGUUCGGCCUCUCGUCCCCUGCCCCACCGGCAAAGAGCACCGGAAAGACGGCCGAGAAGACCGAGAAGGAGAAGACCACCGAGGCCGUCACCGCCUCUGGUGCUGACAGCGGCCAGGGAGAGGCAAAGAAGCGCGCUGCAAAGUCAGGCUAG